UUUCUGGUAGUAUCAUAUCCGUCAGAUCGUCGUAAGUCUUGUGUCUGCUUUCAUUCUUGCUUGAAAGUCAGUUUCGGAAUAAAAUUUGGUUAUGACAACGUAUAUUAAUCAGUAUACGCAUAUAACGAUAGUGCUAAAACGUAGCUACUAAAGCAGUUUCGAUGAAAAGGUCGCUGAGAUAAACGUCUAACCUCACUUUUCAGCCGCUAGAUCGCAUAACCAUGUAAAUCACCGAAAGCAUUCCAAUGUAUCAUUUAAAUCCACUCUACGGCGCGGAAAAUGCAUCCUGGUUCUUUUCUGCGAAAUAUCGGAACGUUUUAAGUUAUUCUUUUCGUAUUUUUCUCAAUGAGGUUUAUCGCGAAAUCAGGUUGCUGCAGUACUCUCAAAAACUUGUAGUACCAGUGCUAGGAGUUGAUUUCUCCAGUAAUUAUAAUAUAGUACGAUGACCGAAAAAUCAAGGAAGAUAGUAACUAGAUUUCACCCGGUUCACGGGGAGAAUAUUAGGCUUUGCGAAGAUAAUACAGUGGCAUAUCGCACGACCAGUUUUGCAAACUCUCUAGCCUUCAGCGAAAAACCACUGCAACCAGGUGAAAUAUUCUUGGUAGAGAUCGAGAACACAGAAGAAGGAUGGAGUGGACACAUGAGGCUGGGACUUACUCUUAUAGAUCCUGCCUCAGCCAGUCUGCCGCAAUAUGGUAUGCCUAAUCUAGCUAAGCUUGGAAAUACAUGGAUAUUUGCUAUUACCAAGAGCCAUACCAUAUGGGGUAAUCUUGGAAUCUAUGGUGGAGGAGUACCACCUGGAGAGAAGAAAUUAAUCACAGAUGGUGUAAAUGUGCAAACUUCUCGUGGAGUUAUUCCAUUUAAUGCUCUAAGACCAAACACAAUUGAUUCUUCUCAAUAUAUCUUACCUACUGAUGCUGGUAGUCGUAUUGGAAUUAUGUAUGUGCCGCAAUCUGGUUCCGACAAAGCAGAAAUGCAUUUCAUAAUUAAUGGUGAAGACCAAGGUGUAUGUGGGAAAGACAUACCAUACAAGGCAGGACCUUUGCGUGCUGUAGUAGAAGUAUAUGGUAACACGAAACAAGUCAGGAUAGUUCAGCUAUAUGGUGCAGUAUCUACCCUACAAAGUGCCUGCCGUGAUGCUAUACUACAAUAUACUAAAAGGAACGCAAUUGAUUCGCUUCCACUUCCGCGGGUUCUAAAAGAUUAUCUAUUAUAUCAGUCACAAUGAAAUUCACGUCAUUCCACCUUGUUUCUUGAUCGUAUCUCUCGUCUCCUUUGUAUAACCAUUUCAAUACUCGCAUAAUUUCUUUAACAAUUCAAUUUUUCUGCAAUAUUUUGCAAUACAUUUAUCGCGUAAAUCAUGCUUUCAUUUAUUCUAGUUACUUUAUUCUAGGAAGCAAAAUGAAAGUCUGUAAAAUGAAUUUAGAAUUGCUUUCACUCUUCCAGCCGAUUCUUUCAUUUUUAAUGUGUAUAAUUUAUCAUGUAUGUAGUACAUGUAAUUCGCGUAAAUGCUAAACUGUAAUGUGUACAUAAUGUAAGAAGUUGUUGACGGAACACCGAGUAAGUUCUGAUAAGCGAAGGAGCAUAGUGUUUUCUAAUUCCUGCAUUUAGCACUUAUUAGCGACUACACUUUUACAAUUUUUCAUUCUACCAUUCGCUAGAAUUAUCCAUAUGUUUUAUGCCGCAAGUAAAUCUAUAUAAACUUCAUCUAAAGUAAGUUUCACGCAGAACUAUCGAUGUAUAUCGUUCUUUUUCUAUUGUUACAUCUCAUUGUACGUAACGAUGACAUUUUAAGAUAAACUUGGUCGCACUGUUAACAAACGCAAAAAUGGAUCUGAUUGACGUAGUCAAUUAAAUCCGACAUGUUUUUCCAGAAUAAAUGUAUUUAUAAGAAA